GGCACAAGAAGCAGUGCAGCACCUCAGGCAUUUCUCCUUUUGGAAACUGCUUUGGUUCCUUUUUACGUCCUUCUAUUCGUUAGACCAGAAAAGACAGACCUUUACUCAUGCAAUCACGACAUCCAACGAUGGACUCAUUUAGACCAACCAAAAUAAUUGUCCGACAGAGACACAGGACUUCAACCUCAGUUCAGAAAAUCCCUGACAUCUGACGUAGGAGGAUUUAUAGGUUUAGUGGAAAUUGCUUUCUCCUGCUCUCCAGAUUACAGACUAGAGGACGGUUUGGAUUUGGAAACCCAUGUUGGCUGUCCAGAAUAUGAAAGCUGGCGUUUUCCUUUUGUGGUGGGGAUGGGUUUUGGCUACUGAAAGCAGAGUGCACUGGCAAAAAAGAGAGGUGCCGGAAAUGUCGAAGAAAGGCAGCCCAAUUCUUAAACGAAGCCCGGAUAUCACCAAAUCGCCCCUGACAAAAUCAGAACAGCUCCUGAGGAUAGAUGACCACGAUUUCAGCAUGAGGCCUGGCUUUGGAGGCCCGGCCAUUCCUGUUGGUGUGGACGUGCAGGUGGAGAGCUUGGACAGCAUCUCAGAGGUCGACAUGGACUUCACGAUGACCCUGUACCUGAGGCACUACUGGAAGGACGAGAGGCUGUCCUUCCCGAGCACCAACAACCUCAGCAUGACCUUCGACGGCCGGCUGGUGAAGAAGAUCUGGGUCCCCGACAUGUUCUUUGUGCACUCCAAGCGCUCCUUCAUCCACGACACCACCACAGACAACGUGAUGCUGCGGGUGCAGCCCGAUGGCAAAGUGCUCUACAGCCUCAGGGUCACGGUGACUGCAAUGUGCAACAUGGACUUUAGCCGAUUUCCGCUGGACACACAAACGUGCUCGCUUGAAAUUGAGAGCUAUGCCUACACAGAAGAUGACCUCAUGCUAUACUGGAAGAAAGGCAAUGACUCCUUAAAGACAGAUGAGCGGAUCUCACUCUCCCAGUUCCUCAUCCAAGAGUUCCACACCACCACGAAACUGGCCUUCUACAGCAGCACAGGCUGGUACAACCGUCUGUACAUUAACUUCACACUGCGUCGCCACAUCUUCUUCUUCUUGCUCCAAACCUACUUUCCUGCCACCCUGAUGGUCAUGCUGUCCUGGGUGUCCUUCUGGAUCGACCGCAGAGCCGUGCCUGCUAGAGUCCCUUUAGGGAUCACCACGGUGCUGACCAUGUCCACCAUCAUCACGGGCGUGAACGCCUCCAUGCCCCGCGUGUCCUACAUCAAGGCCGUGGACAUCUACCUCUGGGUCAGCUUCGUGUUCGUGUUCCUCUCGGUGCUGGAGUACGCGGCCGUCAACUACCUGACCACCGUGCAGGAGCGGAAGGAGCGGAAGCCACAGGAGAAGCUGCCCUGCACCUGCGGAUUGCCUCAGCCACGUGCAGUCCUGCUGGACGGCAGCUACAGUGACGGGGAGGUGAACGACCUGGGCAACUACACGCCUGACAAUGGAGACAAGCCCGACAGGAUGAUGGUGCAGCUGACUCUGGCCUCAGAGAGGAGCUCUCCCCGGAGGAAGAGCCAGAGGAGCAGCUACGUGAGCAUGCGGAUUGAUACCCACGCCAUUGAUAAAUACUCGAGGAUCAUUUUUCCAGCCGCAUACAUCUUAUUCAAUUUAAUAUACUGGUCUAUUUUCUCAUAAAUGCCUGUAAUUCUAUACAUUCCACGUUCUUCUAUAUGUACUACAGAAGCACCUGAAUGUUCAAAAAUAAUUUAAGUUCCCAGGACCCAUCCUUCUCUCUGUUUCCACAACUGCAUUGACAAGGCACUUACUGGUUUAAUGUGCACUGAUGAGCCACCUAUUGUAUACACAGCAUUAUACUUGGUGCUGCAGGUAGAGAUACUCAGAGCAACUUAUCAGAGUUGUUACUGGGAUCCCCUAGAAAAGCAAGUGGUGUGGGGAUGCUGUAGUUCAACCUCUUUUAGACCCCCUAGAUGCUUAGUCAUAUGACCCAUGUCCUUUACAUAAGUAUCAUUUUAUUCUCUGAACCAAGUGGAACUGGUAAGCAGCUAGAGUUCAUUUACAUGGAACAUACGUACACCUAAAACCCCACUUUGAUCAAAAUUCAUGCUUCAGUUUAUAGCCUCUUACCUAUUUUGUAUGCAUCUCAUGUUGAUUUCAAUAUAAGGCAACAAU